UUUCCUGCAGAGAGAUGAGGAAAAUGUGUCGUGUUAGGGUUUCUAGGGUUUUGGAAUCAAACACUCUGUGCGACACAUGGAGACAGACGGACCAGUCUUUCCAUUUUCUCUCUCUAAAAACUCCUCUCUCUCUCUAACACUAACUGCCCUGCUCUCUAACGUAUGUCCAAAAUCCAAAUACAAAAUCCUGGUUCGCAUCCAAGUCGUCGCUCUCUCUCUCUCUCUCUCUCUCACUACAUAUAUAUAUAUAUAUAUAACAUUCUCUCUCUACUGUUUCUCUCUCUUCCUUUUCCUUGUGUGUUAUGUAGAGUAGGCUUUUGUUGUGGGAAUUGUUAGCUGCUUUGGGCAACGAGCGGCAAGGCGCGUGCGCGCGACCUCCCGGCUUCCCCUACGUUUUUAGAGAGAGAAAGAGAGAGUUGUGGGGUUUCUUAUCUGCUGUUUUAGAGAGAGAGAGAGAGAGAGAUCCAGGCCAACUUUUCUUCUUAGCGAAGGUACUCAUCAGUUCUUCUCUGUUGUUUCUUGUGCUUGUCUUGUUAUGGGCAUGGGGUUUUUUAGAGCUUGAGAGUGAAACCAUGUUUUUAGUAUCUGCUAUCUCUGGUCUCUAGUGAGAGAAAGUUAUCUUCUUCCAAUGGUUUUGCUCUGCUGUGUUAUACUUCUCCGAUUCCACCGGUCUCUAGAGAGAGAAAGGAACCCAUCUCUGUAUUGGGUUUUUCUCGGUCGUUUUGUAUAGAGAGAAACCGUUAGUUUGAACUAGGUAUCGACCCCAACUGUGUGUUGGGGUAGACUCCAUGGAUUCGAAACAGGAGCUUGAAGAAGAGGAAGACACAAAGAGAAACCCAGCGAUGGCUAUUCCCAACCACCCUCCACCACAGCACCAACACCCAACAACGACAACACCUAGAGAGAGAGAAACCACCACCACCAUAGCGUACAUGAAAGAGGAACCCGAACCGGGUCCCGAACCUGAAACACUAGCAAUGGUGGCCUCGGCGGAAACGGAAAAUCUAACAGUUGCCAAGAGAAGUGCUGGCCGGCGGAGUUCUGGCAAAGACCGGCACACCAAAGUCGAGGGCCGGGGCCGGCGCAUCCGGAUGCCUGCCACGUGCGCUGCCAGGAUUUUCCAGCUAACCCGGGAGCUCGGUCACAAAUCUGACGGGGAGACCAUCACUUGGCUCCUCCACCAGGCUGAGCCUGCCAUUAUCGCCGCCACCGGCACGGGCACUGUACCAGCCAUCGCUGUCCAAGUCGGUGGCUCUUUCAAAAUCCCCACCUCUGCCCCUUCCACCAUGUGCCCCUCCUCCUCCUCUUCUCAUAUUAUCGACACCACCAAAACAAAUCCCUCGUUACUCGGCCACGAGGUGUCGGCUCCUCCGAAGAAGAGGAAUAAGCUCUCCGAGGACAAGAGUUCAAUGGGACAUCCCCAUUUGGAAGAAGCCACUGCUUCUAUUGGUUUCUUUGCUCCAUCAUCUCUAUCUCCCCCGGCAACUACGACGGGUAUCGGGGUGCAGGGCGGACUGGUUCCGGUGUGGGCGGUGGGCGGAGAAAGGCUGGUGCCGAGCGCAAUGCCCUUGAACCACCAGUAUCACCACCAUAUUUGGAUGGUCCCGGUCAAUGCUCAGGCUGGUUCUUUGGCGACACAGCAGUGGGGGUUCGCAUCGCCACCACUGCUAUCGCAGCCCGCGAUGACACAGGGAUUGGUCAGUAUGGUCGGUGGUGUGCGGCCUCUGGUGUCGGCGAGCUUGUUCGGAGGUGGCAGCAUGGUGAUGCCUCAGUUCAAUCAACACCCUCUUUCUUCUGAUGGUGUUGCUUCUUCCUCUCUGGAAUCUCAGAGGCCGCCGCCGCCGCCGCUGCCUACCGUUGAUGGCAGUGGUUCUUCUUCCUGUUUAGAGAUGGGUGGCGGUAGUUUUUUGGAGGGGAGGAGUGAGAAAGCAGAGCAUCAGUUUAUGGGUGGGUCCAGAAGUAGGGAGGAGGAGGAAGGGGGACGCCAUGGCCGAUCUGAAAAUGCUGAGGAUUAGAGAGAAAAAGAAGAGAGAAGCUUUAACUCGAGGAGAGAUAAAACUCAGAGAACCAAAUUGGCUGAGACAGAGAGGGAGAGAGGAACUGGCAAAACCACAGGAGUGACCGGCAACGGCCGGCGGCGCGCCGGAUUCCUCCUCCGGCGAGGUAAAUGACCGGGAGCUCCGGUGUAGACCGGCACGUGUCAGCAUAGGGUUACGGUUGGGUUAAGUUAAUA